CCAGUCCUUGUCAGCUGGGUGGGUAGGCUUGGUGGGUCGAAGGGGCCCCUGCUCCAAACAGCCCUUCAUGGUGACCUUCUUCAGGGCCAGCCAGGCCCCGUCGAUCCCUGAAUCCCAACCCCCGCAAGAAGAAGCCCAAAUAUGACCGUCCCCUGCCCAGUAUACAUGGUGAGGUCAUACAAGGUCAGGGGACAACACUGGUUUUUGGUGUUGUUGUUAAGCUUGUUUUAUGCAGAGUUUAAAGGGAUAGUUCAUCCAAAUUACAAAAUUACUUAACUUGCGUUUACAUUUAAUUGUGUCUUUAUUUUAAAUCCAAUGCAUCCAAAGCAUGCUUUACAGUCUGUCCUGUCUCAUAACAUCUUUUUUGAUCCCUUUCAGAUCACAGCCACGUCAACAGUGGGCGUCAGGCUUGUAAGAGACAUUAAUUAUAUGUGAGCUUUAGUGACCUAGACUGGAAGGUGAGCUUCUGUCUCCCUUAACUACUCAAUCUACUGAAUAGAUAAUAUCAUGAUCUAACAUUGUAUCACCUUAUUUGCUGUAACACACAAUUAGUAUUUUUAGGGAAGCAAGGCAUUUGUGUAGUAUGUGCAUUGUAGUGUAUGUUCUUUGCAUAUUUUAUGAUGUAUUUCUCAUAGAAAUAGUCUCUUCUAGUCAUUAAUCUAAUCUUGUCAUUCUAUUUCUAUGGUAUUUCUCUCCAUAAGGACUGGGUCCUGGCUCCUACGGGUUACUCUGCCCUUCUACUGUGAUGGAGAAUGCCUAUACCCUCUGGGUUCCUGCAUGAACGCCACCAACCACGCUAUGAUCCAACUA